AUGGGAGCUAACCUAUCAAAGGCAAUCGACAGAGCUCGUGAGACAAAUGAAACAGAGCUCGACUUCACCGGCAAGGGCAUUCACGAGUUGCCCGUCUCAAUCGGAUCAGUCGACUCACUUGUAAAACUAAACCUCAGUCGUAAUGAGCUUAGAAGACUGCCAACUACCAUUGGUAACUUGAGGAAUUUGACAUUGUUGAACUUGUUCCAGAAUGAGUUGAAGGAGUUGCCUCAUGAGAUUACACAACUUAGCAACUUGCAGACAUUGAAUCUUAGCAUUAACAAGUUGCCAGCGUUGCCACGAGGCUUUGGCUCAUUCAAUCAUCUUCACUUUUUGGAUCUGAGCUACAACAAGUUGACAGAGCUCACAAGCCAGAUCGGCCUGAUCACCACGCUAAAGGAGUUGCACAUCUCGUUCAACAAGCUGACGGAGCUACCCGUUGAGCUGUCGCGUUGUCUCGAGCUCGAGCAUCUCAACUGCUCCAACAACAAGAUCACAUCGAUCCCUGGCGAGUUUGGUUCGCUCAACAAGCUCAGAGUGCUCAAUGUCGUCAAUAACAAGAUCGAAUGGGUACCACCAACGAUUGGCUCACUCGAGAAGUUGGAGAAGGUGGACAUCUCACUCAACCCCAUCAAAGAGUCCCUGGAGGCAGAGGCCAAGAAGGGUCCUGAGGUCUUUAUCAAGUACUUAAAGUCACCUGCCUAUGAUACACUCUAUUAUAGAGAAACAGGCAAAGCAAGACCAUCAACUACAACAUUGACGAACAAUGAGGCAGCAGGUGGAAGCAGCUCAACAACUACAAACACUACCGAAUAA